AUGCUCUCGUUAGCACUUAUCUUCCUCCCGCUUUUACUACUGUCUCGCAAAAUACGUGAGUUCUUCUUCGUCUUGUUUUUCUGGGUGGGGACAACCAUCUUGUCCGAAACAUUCGCAAACUCACGGCGCUGCGCCCUGAAGCCGCUGGAGUCACUUAAGUCACACGACCCACAGCUCAGAGACAAGGAUGCAAUCAGAGUACUCGAGAUUGGAGCCGGACUGGGUGGCAACUUCCAGCACAUCACCCGCACCAUCAAGUACACCAACGUCGAUCCAAAUGUGCAGUUUGGCUCGGCCUUUCUCAGGCAGCUCCAAAAGAACCCCAAGGUUGAACUCGAACAGUGGAUCCAAGGAUACGGUGAAGACAUGAGUGAGCUGGCAAGUAGCCAUUUCGACGUGGUUAUGUUCACGUACCUCCUUUGCUCAGUAAAGAACACGAGAAAAGUCCUCGAAGAAGCCAAGCGGGUUAUGGUGAAAGGCGGGACGCUCGUCUUCCUGGAGCACGUAGCUUUUCCUCGUGGCACGUGGCAAAGGCUUGUUCAAAAUGCGGUAACUCCCCUGUGGAAGGUAACAUGCUGCAACUGUCACCUGAACAGAGACUCUGUUCAGCAAAUCGAAGACGCUGGAUUCUCGCAUGUCAUGGCCAACUACAUUGAUGCAGACAUCGACGUUAUAUUGCGCCGUCAAGCGUACGGAAUCGCCAUCUCAUAAGCA